UUGUGAGUGGCUGUGAUCAUUCUAAAUUUAACUCGAAAUCAUCUCAUUACCUGUACUAAAUUGCCAAACGUAUGAAAUCACACCGAGAUAACGGGAAGAGAGAAUCUUAGAAGUGUCAACAUCUUUUGCUUGCUUCCGUUCGAGUUUUGAUUCCCUGUCAAAGCAGAUCUUUAACAAGAACCUUCGUCAACAAAGCAAUGUUUUUAAGCAGAAAGAGGACCAUUCAAUUGAUUCUUCUGCUAGCUAUGGCUUUAAUAGCUGCUCAUUUCAUAUUUUUCAACUACAAAACCAAAGACAAAGUCAUGAAAACACUUGUUUCCCAAGCUCGUGUCAAGUGUUCCUUCAAGAAAAAAACCAGUCUUCUUAACACAAAUUCCAUAAAUCCAACAAAGAACAAGGCUUUCUCUUGUGGAACUUGGCAACAAAGAUACGCCCAAUUCCAUCGCAAUGCCCUUAAAUCACCCGAAACAGCAAGAUUCCUGGUAUAUACCUGCCUGGACAACAACUGUGGAGGUCUUGGGAAUCGUAUCUUUGGCAUUGCAUCUCUCUUGUAUUUAGCUGUCCUUACCAAUAGAGUAUUUUUGAUUCACUGGGAGGGAGCUACUAAAUUAAUAGAUUGUCUGCAGCCAAGAAAAAUUGAGUGGGAUUAUCCAAUUAAUCUAUUGAAGAUUGGAAAUAAAUCCAAGUACCAUUAUUGGGGUAGCAGUAGACCAAACUACAGUAAAAAGUACACCGACAUAAGAGUUGAAUCAGCCAUAAAAUUUAAACAAUGGGUAUCUAAUACGAAUUUUUCUGCCACACUAACUUUGCAGUACGAGCUCAUAGGGACGAUCCGGUACUUCGGCGACCAAGUUUUGAACAACAAAUAUCUAAAACUCAAGGCGAUGAACUUAGACCUACCAAAGAAAGAUUCAAACUUUCCGUUCGCAACUCUUGGAUGUGCCUAUGAUUUUUUGUUCAAACCCACCAAAAAUCUAUCCUCGUUGAUCCAAAAAUAUAGGAAGAGGUUAAUGCCUGGGAAUAGGGUUUCAAAACCUCGUAAAGCGAUAUGCAUGCAUAUAAGGACGAGUGACUUUCAGUUCGGAGUGCGUAAUAUUCGAAGCAUUCGCACAACUCAAUUCAAGAAUUUUUUCUCGUGUGCAGAAAAAGUUGAAAAGUACAUUUACGAAAGUAAUCUGCUUGACCUUGCGCCUAAUGAAGAAAUCAAAUGGUUUCUGGCCACAGAUAAUGUAGACGUGAAAAACUACGCCAAAAUGACCUACAAAGAAAAACUGUUCACUGUGGAUUUCAAGCCAGAACAUUUAGAAUAUUCUAAGAGGAAAGAUACUCUUCGAAUGAUCUUAGUCGACAUGGCGCUUCUCACCGAAUGCGAGUUUUUUCUUGCUACUAUUCAUAGCAGUUUUAGUAACGUUAUCACAGGUAGGAAAAGACACUCUAUUGAUACAUUUGUAUACGGCGAAGAGUGUGAUGGUACAAGGCUUGCUAAAAAACUUAGUUCUAUAUCUUGAAGAAAGAUUGAGUGC